AUGGGCAUCUUGAAUGUUACACCUGACUCUUUUUCCGACGGAGGGUGUUACCUUGAUGUCGAGCAGGCAGUCGCACAUGCCGAACUGAUGGUGGCGGAAGGUGCGAGCCUCAUUGAUAUUGGAGGAGAAUCAUCCCGCCCCGAGGCAUCGCCAGUGUCCAUCAGUGAAGAAUUGGCGCGAAUCCUACCCGUCAUUCGUGCCAUUGUUGACACCGUUGAUGUUCUUCUUUCCGUUGACACAUAUAAAGCUGAAGUGGCUCGGCACGCACUUGAAGCCGGCGCACAUCUUAUCAAUGACAUCACAGCAUUGCGUGGUGACACGACAAUGGCAGCGGUUGUAUCAGAAAUGGAAGCAGGGCUGAUUCUGAUGCACAUGAAAGGUAUGCGCUGGCAAGAUGUCGAAAUUCGGUCGAACACUGUCGGAAAACCGGAACUCGUCCUACACGGCGAGGUUCAACGCUGUGCGCAGGAACGCAAUAUCAACUCGACAUUCGUCUCUAUGUCCCAUACAAAUGACUAUGCUGUAGCACAAGUUACACUCUGUUCCGUAUAG